AUGGCGGAGAUACUGGUGGGAAAAAGAGAACGAAGAAAGAGCUUCACCUUCUUUCAUCACUCACCCCAAUUCUCAGCUCCUACCUCUACAACCGCCCCAUCCGUCUCAACCUCGCAUGACAGAUCAGCCUCGGAUGGAGUAUCGACAGUGAAGGGAGCUCGUCGAAAUUCGGGUUUCUUUGGGAGCCGUGAUCCCAGUCCGAGGGGUGCACCAGCGAAUGUCCCAUGCCGCCGGCAGACGUCCGAGUCAGAAGUCAUGUUUGGUAUGCCAGCAGACGUGUCUAAGCAAAAGCGCAAGUCGCUGCAGCCUUCGAAACGCGCGUCUAUGUUUGGGUCAUUUCGUUCUUUGCAGUCGUUGGAAGAUGAGCUGGCAGGCCAGCGAUCUCGAGGUGCUUCAAUAGAUGAUAACGAUUUGAUAGCUUCGCCUUUGGCUCAAGCAAAAAAAUCGCUAGGCCACGUGGUUUUGCAUCAUGGCGAAGUUCAAACUGCGGGAACUAUGUGGCGGAAGAGAAGUCACUAUUUGGUGUUGACUGAUACUCAUUUGAUUCGCUUUAAGAGUCAACACAAAGCAGUAGACUUGUUCCCCACCAUCAACAUAUCCUCUGGUCGGACAACACCAGUGAACCGCCAAUCCGUAGUUUCCAUUGGCUCAGCGCAAGACCAUUCCCUGUCUGCACAUAAUGGGGAUCUUGCAGCCAUCGCCUUGAACAGCAUUGUAUCUGUUAGUGGCGUCGAGGAUGGGCGAAACAAUCACAAUCAGAACCAAACGACCAUCGAGCUGUCCUAUUUGGAUGAUCGAACCAACAAAGCUGCUUUUAUGGCAAUUCAGUUGACAGAUCCAGAAGAACAACAUCUCUGGCUGAUUGGGAUUCGCUCUGCCGCCCAGUCUGCUCGCACUAAUGAACCAUUCCCUUUCGAGACGAAGACCAUCGAUUAUGUUGUUCGAAUUUUGGAGCAAGAACGCGACUAUGAUCCCGAAAACUUCAACCUCUUUCGUGUUACUCAGAGAUCUCCAACCAAGCAGAAUAUUAGGUCUUCGACGGACGAUUUUGGGAAGCUGUCGGCAACCAUGUGCUAUCUUGCAAUUGGCCUCCAUAGGAUCCACUUGAUCCCUUUGCAUAGAGGUUCAAGCCGUUCGUCUCUAGUUUCUCUUAGCGAGAUUGACCUAGGGUCAUCUCUUGGUUUGAUGGCAUUGACUUCGUUGAUGGUGCAUUCUGGGGAUGAUCGAUUCCAGUUGACUUUUCGUGUGCCAUUACAAAGUGCAACGGUGGUGAAUCUCGCGUCCGUUCACUCUCUAGACGUUGUCUUGUGGGUUCGGCAACGCAUAGAAUUUCUGCGUCCACUCUGGCUACACCAACCAUACGACCUCAUCGCAUCAUCAGAAGUUGCCGAUGAAAACCUCAUCCAGUCUACAGAACUCAUCGAAGAGUUUGGCUGUUUUGACAGAACCCUUGUUGCGUACUCGGCUAGUUACGACAUCGAUACAAGCAACAUCCGCUACACUAUUGAUCUUGAAUGUGAAGAUGCACCUUGCUUUAAACUCCUCCCGCCUGCAUCGAAGAAAUGCAGUCAAUACAGCGCCCUAGAAUUGUUGGCAUUGAUGCGCGCGCUGCGAUACAACGAGUCCUUUGUCUCAAUCUCUUUCAGUGGUGUUAGUCUUGAUGUCCUACAGAAUUGUCGCGACCGUUUCAGCAUCGAUUGGAAUGCUUUCUUGACUCGAGCUGGUGCUCAGGUGACCAUUGCUGGUCAGGAUCGAUUGUCGCUCUUGUCACAGGAAAUUCGUGCUUUGGCUUUGAAGAACAAGCGCCUCAGAAGACUCGAUUUUUCUUUUUGUUUAUCGCGGACCCCUAUUUCGGAUAGAGGCGCUCGAGACCCUGGCUGCGGUAUUCCAGAAGCCAUCUUCCCUCUUUGUCGUCGCCAGUUAACCAAUGUCGAUUGGAUUGUGUUGAAUGGCAUCAAACUGGGUGAUUCGGAUUUGGACUAUAUUGUGGACGCCGCUUCGCAGAGGACCAGUCAUCUUCGAGCGCUAGAAGUUGGAGAAUGUGGCCUUUCGGUCCAUGACUUGGAUCUCGUCUUGUCGACAUUGACUGCUCAGGAAACGACUUUGGAAGCUGUCAACAUCUCUGGAAUCCAAGGACGACUUAGCCCGGAACUGUUUCAGCAGCAAAUUGGAUACUUUGGUCAAAUCCGCAAAAUCAACCUCACCCGCGUUGCUAGAACUUCCGGAACAGAGCCACUCAUUGCACCAGAAACUUUGUUAAACUGGCGUCUCGAGGAACUUUCACUCAGUCAAACAGCAGUCAACAAGGAGACUGUGGAGUCAAUUGCCGCUUACUUGGUCAGCGAUCGUUCUUCGUCACUACGAAUUCUGCGUCUCGACCAAUGCGGACUGACAGGCGGCGACGUUGCUACUUUCUUACGUUGUAUGACCCGUCCAGCCGACAAGGUGCGCGACAUGCAUCUCCACGUUAGCGAAAAUCAUUUAGAUACGAAUUACAGUCUUUUAUUCAAUGCUAUUGCCGACAAUAACACGCCCACGCAUUUGUCCAUGCGCAUGAUUGAUUUCAAAAAGGAGGAUCAUUUCAGAGAAUUGAUUGAGGCGAUGAGGAAGAAUACGACAUUGAAAUAUUUGGAUAUCUCAAAAGCGUCACUUCCUUAUGAUGCAGGCCCAGAGACUUGCGAAGCGUUGCAGCUGAUGUUUGAAGAAAAUGAGACGCUGGAAGAAUUGGACAUUAGUGGUGAAUACGCGCACUUGGAUGUCGCUCGCUUCGGUAUUGGGUUGAACCAAGCACUGACGGGAUUGAAAAAGAACAAAUCUUUAAAGGUUCUCAGAAUCGAGCAUCAAAAGCUUGGGUUACAAGGCGCCAACACGCUUGCAUCUGUGCUUGAAGAGAAUACGAGUCUGCAAGAGAUUUAUUGUGAGAAUAAUGAUAUGAAUCUCCAGUCCUUCACUGUGCUAGUGAAUGGCCUCCAACGUAACGACUCGGUUACUUUGCUUCCUGUGAUGAAUACGGAUCGCCACCAAUCUUUGGAAAGACUUCGCCGGGAAUUUAUUAACGUCAAACGCGACACCUCAUCUCAUCAACCAGGCCCUAGCUCUAUUCGUCGCUCGAUUCACGCUGCAAUGGCAAUUGGCCAGCCAUCUGGCGGUCACAAGCUUGCCAAAUCUAACAUGGCUGCUCGGUCAAAAGAAGCGGCCCAGUUCUCUGAGUCCUCGACUUCGGAGACACUAGAUGAGGAAGUCGAAGUUACACUUGAGUCUUUGAACAGAAGGUGGGAUAUCGAAGUCGAUCGACUCCGUCAGUAUCUUUACAGGAAUUAUUGCACGCUGAACGGUAUUCCAUACGACGCAGAUGGAUACCAGGAUUUGGAUGCAGUUGAAGAACCCGAUUCAGCAGAUGUAUCUCGUCCGGCCACGUCUAUUAGCAUUGGAAUAACGAUUGAAGAGUUGGAAAAGCUUGAUAUGAAUUUAUCCAUGGGUGAGAUGACAAUGCAAAACAUCUUCAAACCAAGCUCCGGUAACUCCGGUCAUUCAACUGAUAGUGAACGAGACGCGAUAGCGAUGAUGAUGGAAAACAGCUCAGGCAGCACAUCUCCAGUAGUGACUAUGUCUAGCGUCCAAUCCACGCCAACUAUCGAAUCUCUCAAACUGAUGGAAUCACUGCGUCCACUUUCUCCGGCAUCAAGCGGAUCAGAAAAUAAACCUUUCGCAGUGUUGAAAGAAUACUCCGCCUCUACAUCAUCAUCUCCACAAUUAUCCCUUCCCGUACCAGCAAUAUUCAAAGUUCCACCUCCACCAUUUACCAGAAACGACAGCACUGCUACCAGCAUUCGAAGCAUUGCCAGCUCGAGCAACAUGUCGACGACGAGCACUGCACCUCAAGCGCCUAGUUUCCGAAGCACAGGUGGCACAAGCUCAAUCAGUGCGUCUUCGUUACGAAAACUCCUUUCGAGUCGGCCAUCCUCUGCUAUGAGAGGAAUGCGUCAAAUCAGCGGUGGACAUGGUAGCGGUAAUAGCUCCAAGGCUGGCUCGACAAGCGGAUUGGCCAUGUCUGAUGAGCCACCGAAGAUUAUCUGGUCGCCUCCCAAGGUUGAACUUUGA